UUAUACACAGAGUAAGAUUUCAAGCAGAUCUGCUGUGUGUCACUCCUCCAGAGAACAACGACCAGCAUGAAUCUCAAGCUGUGGCUGCUGCUCCUCUUUCUCUGUGCUCUCAUUAUCCCUGCACAGCUGCACAAAGACAAACAUGAUAAACACGAUAAGCAUGCUGAACGUGCUAAACAUGAGCACCGUGGCAAACAUGGGAGGCCUGGUAAACAUCAUGGAAAGAGAGGCAAAGAAAGAUUGGAGAGCCUGAAGGCUGAGUUUGGCAGCUCAGAUGACUCUGAUGAAGACGAUGAUGCAAACAAGUGGCUAUUUGAGCUUCAAAGUCUCACAGGGAAAUGCAGUCCAAAUCCUUGCCUGAAUGGAGGGGUGUGUGAUGAAAAGAAAAAUCAUUUCAAAUGCAAAUGCCCCAAGCAGUUUGUAGGUAGAAGGUGCGAGAGAGGGAAAAGGGUUUGUAAAAGGGGAACCUGUGGGGCAGGACUUUGUCUUCUGACUUCAUCUCCUCCCUAUUAUAAGUGCAAGUGUAUUCCACCCUUUGCACCACCAAACUGCAAAACACUUUCUCCAUGUGCUCCAAACCCUUGUCAGAAUAAUGGCAAAUGUGUUGAUGAAGACGAUGAUUUUGAAUGCAUUUGUCCAGAUGGUUUCAGUGGGCAAUAUUGUCAAGUCGACCCUGAUGACUGCUAUGAGGGCGAUGGACAGUCAUACAGAGGGAAGGUGUCCGAGACAGAAGAAGGGGAUGAGUGUCUCGACUGGAACUCUGAGUUUCUUCUGGAUAAAGGAUCUUUUCCUGCAGCGGCAUUUGAAUCUAGUGGAGGCCUGGGACCGCAUAACUUCUGCAGAAACCCUGAUGGAGAUAAGAAGCCAUGGUGCUUUGUAAAGAAGAACAGAAGACUUCGAUGGGAUUACUGUGAUGUUAGAAAAUGUCCCACGCCUGCAACCACUACCAGAAAAAUGGUGUCCACCACAGCUGAAGCUCAACCCACCACAAUUGCAUUCACAGACAGUAUUCCACCAAAAGUAACUACUCUUCAACCAACCAUACCAUCUACAACAGCAACCACUACCAGAGAAAUGGUGUCCACCACAGCUGAAGCUCAACCCACCACAAUUGCAUUCACAGACAGUAUUCCACCAGAAGUAACUACUCUUCAACCAACCAUACCAUCUACAACAGUAACCCCUACCAGAGAAAUGGUGUCCACCACAGCUGAAGCUCAACCCACCACAAUUGCAUUCACAGACAGUAUUCCACCAGAAGUAACUACUCUUCAACCAACCAUACCAUCUACAACAGAUGGUAGCAUAACCCCAGAGAGCACCAGUUCAGCCCAAAUAGCCACUACUCCUGUCCCGACAACCCCAUUACCUACGAUCGACGCUUCAACAAAGAGCUUUCUUACCUGUGGAAAACCUAAUCCGAAAAAACAACUUAACCGGAUUUAUGGGGGUCUUAAAGCUAUUCCUGGAGCCCAUCCAUGGCAAGUAUCCGUACAGGUGAAGCCUAAAGGAUCCACCCAACAGUACAGACACAUCUGUGGAGGCACCCUUAUCAAGCCUUGUUGGGUGCUGACUGCUGCCCAUUGUAUUAAUAAAAUAAAUGACUACAGAGUUAUAUUGGGGGGACUAAAUCUGAUACAAAAGGAGCAAACAGAUCAGACCGUACUGGUGGAGGACACCAUCAUCCAUGAGAAGUUCAAGGAAACCGCUGACACCGUCUACAAUGAUAUUGCUCUAUUAAAACUGAAAGUUACUAAUGGAGAAUGUGCAAAGGAAACUCAGUUUGUGAAGGCCGCCUGCUUGCCCAAUGAACCUUUUGCAGAUGGAACAGAAUGCAGCAUUUCUGGAUGGGGAGCCACAGAGACGUCAGAGUAUGGCUCUAUGCAUUUGCUUGAUGCACAGGUUUUGCUGAUUUCUCAGGAGGUUUGUUCAAGCAGUAAAGUAUAUCCUUCUCUGCUGGAUGAUGGCAUGUUUUGCGCUGGUUAUCUCAAGGGAGGAGUGGACUCCUGUCAGGGUGACUCUGGUGGGCCUUUAACCUGUAUGAGAAAUCAAACACACUAUAUCUAUGGUAUAGUGAGCUGGGGAGACGGCUGUGGGGAGAAGAACAAGCCUGGUGUCUAUACCAGAGUCCUUAAAUAUUUGGAUUGGAUCAAUAAAAAAAUUGGUGGGACACAGUAGCAUGUCCAUGAAAGAUUAGCCACAGCCAGUGUUUUCUGUUGUGUAGUCUGAUCUACCGGUAAUGCUUUGUACACAUUAGCAUUGUAGAGUUUCUGAAAGACUUCUGAAAUAAAUGUGUCUCAGUUUCCACAUACAAUUAAGCAUUACAACUGUUUACAACAUUGGUAAUAAUAAAAAAAAAAAUGUCUUGAGCUUCAAAACAUCAUAUCAGAAUGAUUUCUGAA